AGAAAAACAAUCUAUAGUAACGAAACUAUCAAUUUAAAAUUCCAAACUAAAUUCCUGUCACACACAAUUACCAAUUAGUCCCUACCAAACAACUUAUCAAAAUUUCAGUCUUCGUAAAAGAUCCGUACAAAAUGGCGUCGGUUCCCUUCUGUCCGCCCCCUUGUUCUCCUUGUUAUGCGGGGCCGAAUUUCAUGCCCCCGGCGGCGCCCUGUUGGACGGGCGCCUGCCAGGCCACGUGGAUGCCCACCUGUUUUCCCAUUAACGCUUGUUGCUUCACGUGCCCGCCGCCGCCGCCCCCGAAGCCCAAAUGCGGACCCAACGGACCGAGGUCUCUUCGAUAAAACUAUAUAUCCUGAACGUAUAUAUCAAGAAAAUAAGAAUUCCGUGAAUAAAGAUUAUGUUUAAGUAAUUAUCAAUGUUUUUAAUUCACUUGAUUCUAAAUAAAAAAAUUUAAGUUC